UUACCGUGCUAGUGUGCUGUCUUCGCUGACGUCUGUCUAAAUCAUUCCGCUUCGCUCGAUUCAGUUGCGACAACAUUUAUUUGCUUGUCACAGAGUUUCACUAUUCGUGAAACGAUCAAAGAUUUGAUAUAUUACGAAUAAAUUCUGCUACACGUUGGAUCGAUAAAUCAGAAAGUUUAUUCUUCGCGAGAAUUCUAAGGCUCACCCUUUCACAACUGUAGCAUAGAGGAUUGGAAAUCGUCUGAAAAUUAUCCGAUACAGUUUGUUGCAACUCGCCGGGAAUGUUCUUACGUUCUACAUUGAAAAAUGGAAUCGAUAACCGACUCGUCUCUUCUUUUCGCCAGUUGCAGUUCCAACUGCACGGACUAUGAUUAUGAACGUUCGAAAAUCAGGACACAAUCCGAGAAGAAAAAACGUGUGAAAAGAUCUCCCGCGUCAAAGCUUUCUCUCUCUCUCUCCUUUAUGUCUUUGCCAGAUAUGAAAAAUACGAAAUUACUUAAAACCAACAAAGCUUCAUCAAAGAAAAUCCAAAAGGCGAAAUCUGAAAACGAACUCUUGAAGGAUUACUGUCCAUAUUCCUCCGACAAUUGUGGUUGCAGUUCAGGUUGCACGGAUUGCGAUUAUGGACUCUAUACGUAUACAACUAAAAACAAGAGCAAGUUGAAAAGUAAAGACAAGAGAUUCUAUAUAAAGCCUUCGAGUAAUUUCAGACCUUUGAAGUCCGAGAAAAGUCGAAAAAUUGCAAAACCAUUUAGCGCUAUAAAUAUUUUAAAGAGAAAAAAGAUAAAAUCUCCCAAAGCAGAAAAAGCCUUGAAAAGCAACUACUCCGAAUCUUCUGGCAGUUGUAAUUACCAGUUAAACUAUAUAAAACAUACCUUCAAACUAAAAACAACUAAAAACCAAAAAGCAAAAACCAAAAAGAAAACAUCAGCGAGGAAUUUGAGAAAACUGAGAACUCUGAAAUUGCGCAAGAAUAAGAAAGUUUCAAAGAACGCAGCUAUAAAAGUUUCUGAAAGAACCAUUAUGAAAAAUUGUUUUUCUGAUUCAUCUAAUAACUAUGAGUGCAAUUCGGAUUAUACAGAAUGCGAAAAGCGCAUAACUAAAAGAAAAAAAAAAUUGAAAAGCAGAUCCAAAAAAGUGGAAACUUCAACAAAACCGAAAAUCGAACAGUCGGAAUUGUCUUCAGUAAUCGAUGAAAGUAAUGAUGACAAUUAGAAAUGAAAAGAAUUCGAAGCAAACAACAGAAGUUCCUGAAAGUACGUCAAAAAAUUGCCUUGAAUUCAAAUUUUUA